AAAUGCAUUUGGGAGCCCAGAGGACAAGGCGAGGACGCAUCUCUCCCGCAGCACCAACGAAGCCCCUCCUCCUUUGUAUUGCAAUAUGUAUAGCUGCGGGUGUUGCGCAAGCACCAAAACAAGCAGUAGAUGUUCUUCAUCAGCUAGGCCUCGUGAGCAAUGUUCAACAGCCUUCAGAGACAACAGUGCCCUCAGCAUCGCCAUUACCUCAGGGGGUUCGUCUGACCAUAGCAGGAGUUUUACUGACUGGUGAUGCACAUGUUGAGUCCCCCAUCGCUCAAGUCAUACCAGCAAAUCUAGGGCAUCGUUUCACCAUAUUGGUUGGGUUGUACUCUUACAGAGUAAAUAAUGCUUUUCUUUUCGGUAUUAGGAACAAAAACAGGCUGCAGUUUGGUGUCCAGUUGCUACCGAGAAAAGUAGUGGUGUUCACUGGAGGGAAGCAGCCCGUAUACUUUGAAUACAGUGUUCAUAAUGAACAAUGGCAUUCGUUUGCCAUUGACAUUAGAGACAAGACUGUCUCAAUAUUUGCUGAGUGUGGAAAGAAGUACUAUAGCAAGGAAAUACAUUCUGAAGUGGAGAUGUUUGUUUUGGAUGGUUUAUUUACCCUGGGAAGGAUGAACUCUCACUCUGUCAGCUUUGAAGGAGUUAUAUGCCAGCUAGAUAUUAUUCCUUCUGCAGAAGCCUCUGCAAACUAUUGUAAAUAUGUGAAACAGCAGUGUCGUCAGGCUGAAACGUAUCGAUCUCAGUUAGGAGCUCCACAUGUGUCAGAUGGGCUGGGUGUUUUUUUAAAGAAAAAUACGGGUGAGAAAAAACAGUCAGAAGACAUACCUGCUUACAGAAGGAAAGGAGCAUCAAACAUUCCUGUUACUAACAUUGCUUGGAUUCACUCUCUACCAGAGUACUUGGAAUCACGAAAUGUCUCGGCAGAGGCCAAACCUGUGCUGGAAGCAUGGUCAGAAACAGAACUCCAGAAGCAGGUCAGUCUGCCCCUUCAUCAGCAGGAACCAAGCAAAAGAAGAGGCAUUACUGAAAAACCCAUGGGUUCAUAUCCAAAUACUUCACAUAAUGCCAUAGAAGAUGCAGACAGACAAAGUGAGCCUUCUCUGAUCUCCCCUGUAAAAGAGAGCAAAAUUAAAAGUGAUGGAAUGGACAAAGAACGACAGCAUGUAGGUGAACCAACCAAAAAGCAGCAAAUCUUCAACACAACCCUGUACGGUUUGACUGCUGACCUGUCUCUGGAUAAUCAACUCAGUCUAGGGGAAGAAGGCCUAUUUGAUGCUAAUAAGUCUUAUCACGUGGAAAACAGUUAUGAAAUUGAUGUUGAUAAUUAUGCUUAUGGCUAUGAAGAUCGUGACAAAAUAUUUGAAAUGGGAAGUAUCAGAGGUUCAAAGGGGGAAACUGGACCUCCUGGUCCUCCAGGUCCUCCAGGCUUACCUGGUCCGUCAGGAAAGAGGGGUCCUCGGGGUAUUCCAGGACCACAUGGUAAUCCAGGUUUGCCAGGACUACCAGGUCCAAAGGGCCCUAAAGGAGACCCAGGAUCCUCCCCAGGACCUGCAAAACGUGGGGAGAAGGGUGAUCCAGGCCCAAUAGGCUUUCAAGGCCCACCUGGGAUCAAAGGCCAGAAGGGUCAUAAGGGUUACCUAGGGCUGCAAGGGCCACGGGGUGAGCAGGGAAUUCCAGGACUGGCUGGCAGUACUGGGGCAGUGGGUUACCCUGGCAGGCAGGGCUUAGCUGGACCAGAGGGUAACCCAGGUCCUAAAGGUGCAAGAGGUUUCAUUGGACCUCCGGGUGUAGCAGGACAAACAGGACCUGAAGGAGAAAGGGGCAUUCCAGGCUUCCGUGGAAAAAGAGGUCUUAAAGGGAGACAGGGUUUUCCAGGUGACUUUGGAAAUAGAGGCCCCCCAGGCCCAGAUGGGAAUCCUGGAAUUGUUGGUGGUGUUGGUCCUCCUGGAUUUCCAGGACUAAGAGGUGACAUUGGGCCAGCAGGACCAAGUGGACCAUCAGGAAUUCCAGGGCCUAUGGGUCUCCCAGGGAGUAUGGGACAGCCCGGAAUGAAAGGUGAUAAGGGUGAGCACGGCCUUGCAGGAGAUCCAGGAGACCAGGGGUACCCAGGAGACAAGGGUGCUCCUGGUUUACCAGGACCCCCAGGGAUCAGAGGAAAACCAGGACCCCCAGGGAAAAUUGGAGAUCCUGGAUCCCAUGGACCAUUGGGUCCACCAGGUCCUGAGGGUUUUCCAGGAGAUAUUGGUGUACCUGGAUUAAACGGCCCUGAAGGUCCCAAGGGACUUCUGGGUGACCGAGGGCUUUCAGGGCCACAGGGGCCCAAAGGAGUUGAGGGAGAAGUAGGACCAGAUGGACCUAUUGGAGGAGUCGGCCCAAGAGGAAGGCCAGGACAGAAAGGUUAUGUAGGUGACCCUGGACCAGAAGGUUUAAAGGGAGAACAAGGAGACCAAGGAAACAUUGGAAAAACUGGUGAAGCAGGAUCAGCUGGCUUACCUGGAGAAAUUGGGCCAUCUGGAAACCUUGGUGACAAGGGAGAGCGAGGCAGUCCAGGACCAGUAGGUCCUCCUGGAGAGAAGGGUGUCACGGGCUAUCCAGGACCUCCAGGAGGCCCUGGGCCUGCGGGGCCUGAAGGAUUACCUGGACCUUCUGGGACAAGAGGACCACCAGGGCCACAGGGACCUAAGGGAAGAAGAGGACCUAGAGGUCUAGAUGGUCCUCCAGGAGAACCAGGGACACAAGGCAUUAAGGGAGAAAGAGGAGAUCCAGGAAAGAAAGGCACUCCUGGGCUCAUUGGCAAAGCUGGAAAUCCAGGACAAAGAGGAGAUCAAGGUGCACCAGGUAUGCCUGGGCCUCCUGGAACCACAGGAGACAGAGGACCAAUGGGAGAGCCAGGUCCAAGAGGACAACCAGGGGAUGUUGGCACUAUUGGAGAAAUGGGUUUGGAGGGACCUCCUGGCCCUGAAGGAGAACCUGGACCACAAGGAGAACCAGGCACAAAGGGAGACACUGGACCUGCUGGGAAGGUUGGAGAACCAGGCGACCAAGGUUUAAGGGGUGAACCAGGACCUCCAGGAGAAGAUGGUGUUCAAGGAAAAGAUGGUCCAAAGGGAGACCCUGGAGAACAGGGCCUACUUGGAGAAGCUGGUGAAAAAGGAGAGAUGGGGAUACCCGGAAUUGUCGGACCCCCUGGUGAGCCUGGCAUAAUGGGUGUUCCUGGUCCUGAAGGAACACCAGGAAAUCCAGGUCAAAGGGGACGUGUAGGAAAGAAGGGGGGAAAAGGGCAGCUUGGCCCUCCUGGAGAAAUUGGACCUGCUGGUGACUCUGGCCAACCUGGAGGAAUUGGUCCCAAAGGUGCAAGAGGAACUCGGGGCCCCUCGGGACAUCUAGGAGGAAUGGGACCAGAAGGAGAAUUAGGAAUUCCAGGUUAUGGGGGCCACCAAGGUCCUCCAGGGCCUUCAGGGCCCCCAGGACCCAAAGGAGAGAAGGGUUACCCAGGCGAAGACAAUACAGUGCUUGGACCACCUGGGCCCAUAGGUGAACCAGGGCCUAGUGGAGAACGUGGAGAUAGAGGAGAAUCUGGUGAUGCGGGCUACAAGGGUCACAUAGGCCUUCCAGGGCUUAGAGGACCAAUUGGACAGCAGGGGCCUCCAGGAGAGCCAGGUGGAUUUGGGGAGCAAGGACCAAAAGGAGAAAGAGGUUCAGAAGGACCCACAGGGAAGAAAGGAGCAACAGGUCAGGCGGGAAAACCUGGAAUUCCUGGAAAACCGGGACCAGCAGGGCAGAAAGGAGCAGUGGGCUACCCUGGACCAGAAGGCAUUCCUGGGAAUCCUGGCAAGCCUGGGCUGUCAGGGAAACCUGGCCCUAAGGGUAAUAAGGGAAGCCCAGGCUUAUCGGGUCUGGCAGGUUAUCCUGGAGCUCGAGGUCCCAAGGGAUUGCCAGGCAUGCCAGGGCCCAUGGGAGCACCCGGACUAAAGGGCGAGAAAGGGCUUCUUGGUCAUCCAGGAAAACGAGGUAAAAGAGGCCAUCCAGGAUCACAAGGUGACCAAGGACCAGCAGGAGAUGCUGGUCUGAAAGGACGGACUGGAGAAGAUGGAGAUCAAGGUUUGAUGGGUUUUCAAGGAUUCCCAGGUCCAAAAGGUCCUGCAGGGGACGUUGGCUUAGUUGGAAUUCUGGGCCCAAAAGGUCCAACAGGGCAAAUCGGAUAUAUUGGUCCUGUUGGUCAAGAAGGCAUUACGGGCCCAACUGGCAGGCCUGGACCAAGAGGUGAAAAGGGCACAAGGGGUGAAAUGGGACCUCAGGGACCUCAGGGCCAGCCAGGGCCACCUGGACCACCUGGACCACCAGGACCAAGAAAACUUGUGGAUAUCAAUGCUGCUGUUCAAGCUUUGAUUGAGUCAAAUGCUGCACUGCAGAUGGAGAGAUACCAGAAUACUGAAGUAACUUUACUAGAUCACAGUACAGAGAUAUACAAAACGCUGCACUACCUUAGCAAUUUACUGCACAGCAUCAAGAACCCUCUUGGCACACGAGAUAACCCAGCACGCAUCUGCAGGGAUUUGCUUAGCUGUGAACGUAAAGUGUCAGAUGGUAAAUACUGGAUUGACCCAAAUAUUGGCUGUCCUUCUGAUGCCAUUGAAGUUUACUGCAACUUCACUGCAGGUGGUCAGACAUGUUUAACACCACCAUCUGUGACAAAGCUGGAAUUUGGCGUUGGAAAAGUGCAGAUGAACUUUCUUCAUUUACUGAGCUCAGAAGCAACCCACAGCAUCACAGUUCACUGUCUCAACACACCGAUGUGGGAAUUAAAUGAGGCAGGUGGCCAGAAAACAUCAGUUAGCUUCAAAGGCUGGAACGGUCAAGUAUUUAAAGCAAAUACGCUGCUCGAACCGAAGGUGCUGGUGGAUGAAUGCAUGGUUCAAGAUGGCAGCUGGCAUAAGACACAGUUCGUCUUUCACACUCAGGACACUAAUCAGCUUCCAGUUGUUCAAGUUAACACACUUCCUCAUCUCAAACCAGGGCAGCAGCACUUCAUAGAAAGUGGUUCAGUGUGCUUCCUUUAAAGGUUCUGUCCUGGUUCUUUUUGCAUCAGCACGGAAUUGCUGCACAGAUUGAGUGCAAGAGUAAUGACCUAUUAUAGGCAGAAUUGCUAUGAAACUGAAGAUUCAUUUUGAACAGUGUUGGUUAAAGAACUUCGGGAAGAAAAGACUUCCUCCUAUGGAGAAAUGGCAUUUCAAAAUAAAGAAAAGAAAGAAAGAGAAGACUACAACAAUUUUCCUAAAGUAUUUAAAUCUCUUUUUAAUACUGGUUGGUGCUUUCUUGCAUAAUUUCCUGAAAUUGAAUAUCUGAGCAUGGAAUUUUUAAGGACCUCUAGUGUUCUUGGCAAUCUGUUUAACAGCACUGCAAAAAAACACCCCAAGGAAAGCUGGAGACAUACAAUACUAAGGAGCAAUACUGGCUAAUGCUCCUAAAUGUGCAAUAGCUUAUAUAUGAAAAGUGAAUUAUGCCACAGUACAAUACAUCCUCUUUUCUUAAACAUAAGGUUUUGUUAUAGUCCUUUGUGGACACAUUCAUCUUAACAGAUGGCACACUACCUCUUAUGUGUUUCCUGUCUGUGUUGCCUUGGUGCUCUUCAUAACACAAGGUGCUGGUGGCCUUAACAGAGAUUAUUUGAGUCCCUUUCUAUCUUUCAGACUGUAUGUGCUGGUUACAUCAGGAUAUGUUUCUGUUGUCAAGGUACUUAUUUUAAAUCGUUGGUCACAUACUUCACUACAAUUAGAACAUUAUUUAUGUGGAUUUCUUGUUUAAAAUAUUUUUAUGUACUAUUGCAGAAAUGGUAUAUAAGACAGCACGUUGUAUAUGAUGCAUAUAGUCAGAACAGUUAGCUUUACAACCAUUGUAAAAGUUGUUGUUAGAUGAGCUACCUGCAGUAGUUUUGAGUUUUAGAUUCUGAAUGCCAAAGGCAUCUUAAGAUGAUGAUAUAUUGUGUAUAGAUUUUGUAACUUGUUAAACAAAUUACUACAGCAUGUCUUCUGAAAGACUGCUGUUAAAUUAUAAUCAACAUUUCAUCAAUUUAGAAAUUUCAUUUUUUUGCAAUAUUAUUAGAUCAUUUGUUUCCUUAAAUUAAGCCUAAAAUGUUCAACCAUCUUUAUUAAAAACAAACAAACAAAAAACAAUUUUACCAUUAGGAAAAGCACUCUUUUAUAACUCUUUUAUAACGACAUAUCUAUUUUCAAUCCAAAGUCUACUGAGGAAGAUGGCAGAUAAGUGGAAAAUGAUACCAAACCAUACUGCAAAGCAGGGAAGUGUUCAAACAACUGGUUUAAUUGUCUUGAUCCACAGGAAAGCAUACUUAAGCUAUAAUAAAAUAAGCUUCCAAACUGUCCGUUUGUCUUUUACUAUUUUGUUUUGAUACUGUAUAGUUCAUUCUCAGCAAUGAUGGAAAUCCUCUAGAAGGGUACUUUUUAGGUGCUAGUGCUUUGUUUUCCAAGGGGAAAUGCCAUGGAAUAUUGCACAAGUAUUUACUUUUUACAAGGAAAAGUACAUGUACAUCCUAUGUUUUUGAUUAAAGCAUUGCUUUUGUUCCCUGUGAGAAAAUCUGAUCAAAGACUGUGUAAGAUCACUGAAUGACAAUAAAGGUUAUAGAAAAUUC